CCAUAGAACUCUAUGAGGCACCAACACAGGCCCGAAAUUGCCCCCCUUCAAACUGUCUCUUUUCUACAACCCUCUCAACACUAGUAACGAUGGUUUGGGCAUAGGCUAUAUUGUGGACAGUUUGGGACGGCUAUGCGAGGUUGAGAAGCAAGACAGGGAUGAUUUCUCUGAGAAGAACGUGGAUGUCUUUCGCAUGGUGCAAAAGCGCAACUACAACGCCCAGAACUAGUGCAUUGAAAUGGCCGAGAUCGACUGGCUGCGAACGGAUAAUGGCGGUCCAUUGGAGCAGCGAACCAGUAAAGCACUGGAAUGCGACGGACUCCCUACGGCCAGAAUCGCGGCGGCGGAUCAGGCAGCCGUCGGGGUGGCCACUACCACGGGGGUCGUGGCGACUACACGCAUCAUAGCUCGCAGCCGCGAUAUGAAUACCUGACACUGGGCAGCCAUACCCUGCCCAACACGCAGUG